AUUACGGGGGAGGCCUUCGUCCAACUGUCAGUCGAGAGAUGAAAUGUCGGGGACGGAGGCUAAAGUCGUGCUGCUGCUGUGUAGAUCUUAGAGCGGGAUGCUGCUUCCUGGCACUCUUUGAAAUGCUGACAGCGGUCCUUGGCUUUAUGGUGGGCGAAGAGAGUCGUCUUUUACUGAUCGGUCGUUCUGCCUAUUUGCUGCAUUUCAUUGGCUCAAUUUUUCUGCUAAUGAGCAGUUUCUUGCAGAUCGAACUCCUGGUGAUCAUCUAUCUAGGAACGAAUAUAUUUCACCUGAUCUUUUGCACCGUCUUUCUCAUAGACUAUGCCUUGAGUUGCCACUUUUGUGUAUUUGAAAGCAUUCCCUCCUUGGUGACAUUAGUUUCUAGCAUUUACUUUUGGAUGGUGGCAUUUGCUUACUUGCGACGCCUUCAAUGGGAACACAAUCCCGAAAAUGACGACUGAAGACUAUUAUUAUUUAUUCUAUAUCUUGUGUAUUCUUUUAGACAGUAUUUGUAUUUGAUCUAUUUACUAUUUUAUGUUUGGCCUUAAUUUCACACUAAUUUCUAAUGCCAAAAAGACAAAAACGAAAAUUGCAGACAAAAGAGCAAAGUUCAGCAAAUUGUUUGUUCAAGAAAAGAAAAAUAUUUUGUAUUCGCCUGAAGGAAAAUCAAAUGAAUUGCAGCCAAUCAGAAUUG